AUGAUGAAUUUGACUGCGAAUCUAGAAUCCAGCGAAGGCUCGUGUGGUAGCGAGUCACAAGUUGAAAGUGUUGACACUCUUGAUAUAUACGCCAGUUGUGAUCGAUGUCGGAACCUGAGACUCAACAAAGACAAGUUUACUAUCUCAGAGACUCCAAAAGCAUCGGACACUUCGGUCGUGAGUAAAUAUGACCCAGUUGGACUUGGGUCACUGGACUUUUGCUUUCUUGAUGAGAUAUACGCCAACCGCAUAACAUGUUCUCUAUGCCGCCUCAUCUACAAUACUACACAUUCGGAGAACAACUACGGUCUUGGCCACGACGGUCUGGACGAGUGGGGAAAACGUAUCUCAUGUAGCAUGGAAUGGCAUCUUGACUCAAGGUCAUCAGGAUCUGUAGCAUCUACGCGAAGGCUUCGAAUCUUCAACAAGAAAGAUCAAUUUCGGGAAUUCUACAUCGUUCCAAUACUGGCAUCUGGUUCUGAUCAAAAUUCGAAUCAGGCCAGGAGAAGAUCGGGGACCGAAUUCGAUUUUGACCUUGCUGAGCUUUGGUUUUACACAUGUUUGGAUUGUCACACAACGUGUGGUGAUGAGAAAAACAGUAAUGAACCUAGGUUCGUACCCAAGCGACUUCUGGAUGUACAUUCGCUGUGUCUUUGUGUAUUUGACGAGGGCGAAACCAGAGUCGAUCUGUCUUAUGCUGCUUUGAGUUACUGUUGGGGACUCUCAUUGCCCCUCCGUACAACCAAGUUGAACUUUGACCAGCAUUGCCGGGGCAUCGCGGAGGACGAUCUGCCAAAGACUAUCAGAGAUGCCAGCACCCUUGCACGGGAACUGGGUAUCGGGUACAUCUGGGUUGACGCUCUUUGUAUCAUACAGGAUUGCCGUGAAGAUUGGGAAGAACAAGCUGGACAAAUGCAUCGCAUAUACGCAGAAGCCGCAUUGACAAUCUGCGCUGCUGCCGGGGACGAUUGCAACCAUGGUAUCCCUGGUAUACAAGAUACACCCAUGAAACAGUUUAAGGAUGUUGAGAUUCAUGAGGGUCUUCCCUUGACAACAUUAACACCAGUUUCUAAAAUCAUUAGUUCGACAGCAUGGGACUCACGAGCUUGGACUUUGCAAGAGCGUCUUCUAUCUCGACGAUGUCUUAUUUCAUCACCUGAUGGCAUGAUAUGGCAGUGUAAAUGCACGACAUGGCGUGACGACGUCGAUUCUUGCAUGGAUAACGACACAUGGAAUUUGGAUUUGGUAGGGUCUCCGCUUGCUGCCCUGCAAGGCAACCCGCUGCGUAGUUAUACCUCGUGUGCGGAGAUCUAUUCCGGGCGUAACAUGGCUUUCUUAGGUGACAAGGUUAUGGCCUUUGAAGGGAUCAGUGGAGCCUUAGAAGAACGACUUGGAACUUCGUUCAAAUAUUCCAUGCCCCUUAGGUAUCUGGACUGGGUAAUUCUGUGGGCCGAGAGAGAAUCAGGAGAGGGCUUUGCGUUUAACCCAAGAUCCGACAAACCUAAAAGAACAGAGUUUCCCAGCUGGUCUUGGUGUGGUUGGCACCUCCCCAUUCACUGGCCAAGGUCAUCCCUCGAGGGAACACUAUUCAACCUCCGGGACUGGUUUGCCAAUCGUACCUGGAUCGUUUGGUAUAUCGGCAGAUCCAGUAAAUGGAGCCUUGCUUGGGAUGGCGGUAGCCAUACCUCCCCUGAAGUUCAUUUAAAUCGAUGGGAUGGGUACAUAACCGGACAACAUGACCCUUACGGUAGGCUCGCAGGUGCUGCAGGGUGUCGGUUCAGAUCGCAGGUCACUGCUGACGAAGCGACUGAACCAACGUGUUAUCGCUUCCACCCGUCUCUCGAGGGCAGUUUGCUUUUCCAAACCUUCACAGGCCACUUCUCACUUUCGCGCAAAACAAAGACGGGACCAGUCGCAAACAACAACGAGAAAAUGCGUCUCCACCAAUUUGGUAUCACCGACAGUUUUGGUGACUGGUGUGGAACUAUUACCCUCGAUAAAAGCUGGUACAAUCAAGUAGGCGGAAUUUUCGAAUUCGUGGCAAUCUCCGAGGCCAAAGACUUCAGCAUGGAGGAGCUUGAUACGUGGACGUAUUAUGUUUCUGAAGAAAGGCAGCAGGCAGAGUGGUAUAGUUUCUAUGCGCUGAUGAUUCGGUGGAAGGAGACCGACGCUGGUCCUGUGGCAGAACGAGUUGGACUUGCAAAGAUAUUCCAGUCUUCGUUCUUUUAUAGAUCUUUAAAGCCCUGUAUAUGGAAGACAAUAGUGUUGGGUUGA